UCACCUGAGAAAAGAAUGACAUACACAGGGAUGUGUGUGUGUGCGUCGAUGUGUGCUGAUUGAUGUGUGGUGCGCAUACGUGUUGUGGCCUGGCUUGGUGUUCCGUUCUUCGAGAAUGGCCUCGGAGAAACUGCUGGCCUCGCGAUUCGACUUCACCAUCUGCAACAAUGUGGUAAGCAAAAUUAGAUGCGUCCUUGUCUAUGUGUGUGUUGCUGCAUGGUGUGAGCGGACCAUGAUGUGAAAGUCUUCGUGUGGCGACCGGGUCAGACGCUCCAGACUCUUCGUCAGGCAGCGCUGCUCCUGCCAGCAGCAAGCCAUGCACACACACGGAUGGAUGGAUGGAGAGAGAGAGAGAGAGAGAUGUCAGCACGUGUGUGUGUGUGUGUGUCUCACGAGAGUGAGUGUGUGCUCUGUUGGCUUCUCGAUGAGCUUCACCUUGACCAACGCCGCGCCCGGCAACACACUGCAGAAGCAACAACAACAACAACACACACAAAUACACAAGGGAGAAGGCAAGUGUGUCUUUUCUUCUGUGUACCUCCUGUUGGCCUCGAGGGCCGCCAUGUCCGCUGUCGAGUCGCCGAUGGUCAUGACGCGGCCGAAAUGAAUGCCCCUUCCUCUAUACACCGCCAACAGAUCCGCCAGACACGAUACCUGCACAGAACACACACACACACGAUGGCGCCCUCCCUCCCUCCCUCCCUGCAAACGUCCUUUGUCUGUCUGUCUGUCUGUCUGUGUUUGCCUUCCAUCGGGUCGACGACGUCUUGCCCCGGCCGUUGAUGUGGGCGUGCUCGCGGGCUGAGAUGACGGGAAUGCUCUGCUGCUGCAGCACACGGCGGACCUCCUCAUAUCCACCAGUCUGCAACGCCUCACGCAAUCUGACGAACAAAGUCAAAGGCAAGGAGUGGCAUAUGGCUCCGUGUGUGAGAGUGUCUGGUUGUGUUACCAUCUGGGCGACCCGUUCGACACGAUGAUGACCUGGCUGAGCUUCGCUGCCGUCCGCAGCAGGUCGGCCACCCACUUGCCGCCCUUGAGCGACUGCUGCUGCUGCUGCUGCUUGCAGCCUCUCACUACAGUUGUGGGAACUGACAAACAAACAAAGGAAGAGACAUUCAAAGCAAUCCAUGAGUGAGUGUGUCUCUCGUGUAUUGCUCACAUAGGGUAUCGUCGAAAUCCAGUACGAUGAGUGUGCCGUCAGCUGGAUCAUGUGCUGUCUCGCUGGCGGGCCGCGGGAUGUCGACACGCUUAUCAUGUGGGUCGGGCUCAGGCUCGGGCAGCGCCAU